CUCAGUGGAUGGUGACUUUGAGAUGUCAUUGACGCUAUGUAGAUGAGAGUGUCAGGCUGGGCGCCGCACGCUACGUUGUUGCUGGAGUUAUUAGCCAGUUGCGCGGGAGCCUCGAUGCUCCCUGCCCCUCUCUCCUCCGCUCUCCGCAUACUCGGAGCCGCGCUGCGUGGGGAGAAUCUGCGCCGUCUCAUCUUUGAGCUCGUGGACGACAAAAAGCAACAGCAGUAACAAAGCAAAGAUCUGGUUCUCAGCAUCAACUUCGAACAGUAAACACCACCGGCUUCUGUCACCGGGGGCUUGAAACACAUCUUUCCCCCUGGUUAAAUACGAACGCUCGCCUGAUCCAACACGAGCUGACAGCUACCCCCACAGCAGGACCAGCCGAGCUCCCACCCUUCACAUAUUUUUCUGCCUAUGCUGGUCUGACUGAACCGCAAAGCUGCUUUCCACGUGGUCUGGUGCUGAAAAUUUCCGAUCAACUCCCAGGCGCUGGGCGCCUAAAUUUAAAAUUAUGGCGACCAACGGAGCAAAAACGCCCGACGGGCAAAUUUCCACCGAGCUGCACGACGCCCCCACCUCGAACGAUAAACCGAAAACGCUUGUGGUGAAGGUGCAGAAGACCAGGAAGAUUCCCGAGAGAGAGAAAUGGGGAGGAAGAUUUGACUUUCUGCUUUCCUGUGUUGGAUAUGCAAUAGGUCUGGGGAAUGUGUGGCGCUUUCCGUAUCUUUGUGGGAAGAACGGCGGAGGGGCUUUUCUCAUUCCUUAUUUCAUGACACUGAUCUUUGCUGGAAUGCCCAUCUUUCUGCUGGAAUGUUCCUUGGGUCAGUACACCUCUGUCGGCGGACUCGGCAUCUGGAGAUUGGCACCAAUGUUCAAAGGUGUGGGUCUGGCAGCCGCCGUCCUGUCUUUCUGGCUAAACAUCUAUUACGUCGUCAUAAUUGCUUGGGCCAUUUAUUACUUGUACAAUUCUUUAACAUCAGAACUUCCCUGGCAACACUGUGGAAACUCAUGGAAUACGGAGAGGUGCUUCUCAAACUACAGUAUGAGCAAUUCAACCAACCUCAGCAGCCCAAUCGUGGAGUUCUGGGAACGGAACAUGCACCAGUUAACGGAUGGGCUGGAUAAUCCGGGGCAUAUCCGAGCGCCGCUUGCAAUAACACUGGCCAUCGCCUGGAUUCUUGUGUACUUCUGUAUUUGGAAGGGCGUCAAGUGGACAGGAAAGGUAGUUUACUUUUCCGCAAUCUACCCGUACGUCAUGCUUCUUACCUUGUUUUUCCGUGGAGUGACCCUGCCGGGCGCUAAAGAGGGAAUCUUGUUCUACAUCACCCCCGAUUUCAGCCGCCUUUCUGAUUCGGAGGUUUGGCUGGAUGCCGCCACGCAGAUAUUUUUCUCCUACGGUCUGGGUCUGGGUUCACUGGUGGCACUUGGCAGCUACAAUACAUUCCACAACAACGUUUACAGAGACUCCAUUGUUGUCUGCUGUAUAAACUCCACCACCAGUAUGUUCGCUGGAUUUGUCAUCUUCUCCAUCGUUGGCUUCAUGGCCCAUGUAACAAAUAAGCCUAUUGCUGAUGUGGCUGCUUCCGGUCCUGGCCUGGCAUUUUUGGCAUACCCCGAAGCAGUGACACAAUUACCAAUAUCUCCAUUAUGGUCCAUUCUAUUCUUUUCCAUGUUACUGAUGCUGGGGAUCGACAGCCAAUUCUGCACUGUGGAAGGUUUUAUUACUGCCCUAGUGGAUGAGUUUCCCAAACUGUUACGAGGAAGAAGAGAAAUUUUUAUUGCUGUAGUCUGCAUUAUUUCCUACUUGAUAGGACUGUCCAACAUAACCCAGGGUGGUCUGUAUGUCUUUAAGCUUUUUGACUACUACUCUGCGAGUGGAAUGUCUUUGCUCUUUCUUGUUUUCUUUGAGACCGUCUCAAUAUCUUGGUGCUAUGGUGUGAACAGAUUCUUUGUUAACAUUGAAGAGAUGGUUGGCCAUAAACCUUGCCUAUGGUGGAAACUUUGCUGGUCUUUCUUCACUCCAAUUGUCGUGGGGGGUGUAUUUCUCUUCAGUGCAAUUCAAAUGAAACCGCUCACAAUGGGGAGUUACGUCUUCCCCAAGUGGGGCCAAGGUGUGGGUUGGUUCAUGGCUCUGUCAUCCAUGAUACUGAUUCCUGGCUACAUGGGUUAUAUGUUUCUCACUUCAAAGGGCUCUUUGAAACAGCGCCUUCGACUUAUGACGCAACCAAUGGAGGACAUGAAAUGUCGGGAGAAUGGACCGGAACCCCCAGAGCAAUGCAAUUCUCCAAGUGAUGAAGCAUAUAUGUAGAUUAUUUAUUAAGUGUACGAUACUAACACUGCCCAGAAUAUAAAUCUUACAAUGGUUGAUCGAGACCAAGGACUGUAGUUACAUUAUUGUGCACCUACCUCCUAUCACAAAUAUGACCAAUAGUUAAAAAAAAAAGGCUAUAAACCUUUGUUGUUGGACAUCAAGUAAAACUCUUAACUAAAAAAAAAUCAUUCCAGGUUUUGAUAACAAUGUAAUUUUGGCAAACCAUCAACAGAGGCAGACUGUUAGCAUUUUUAAUUCAUGGUUUUCUCUUCUGAAGAGUAAGCACAAGCAUGUUGGGCCUCAUGGCUUCCUCGUGUCCUGCAUGGGGCUAAGAUUUUGUGAUCAUGUGGACGUGAUUAUAAUCACUGUCUUACUGUAUGCACAUCAACAUAUUCAGUCUAGUCAAGUUGAUAGCACUAAGAGCAUUAAUCAAAAUUAUGGUUUUGCAAUAAAACUGAAGAAUUUCCUCACUUACUCUUUAAUGGUCCAGUCAUACUUCCCAGAAUCUACUUCUCUUUACCUGCAGCCCCCCCCAUUCCCGUGAUGAAUGUGACAAUGGAUAGGAAUCCUGUGUGUACCUGUUGCCCGUUUUUCAGACGUUUGUCUGGGCAUACACUUGAGUUUCUGCUUCAGUCGAGCAAUGUUGUCAAACGCCAAUGUGGAGAUUUGCUACUUUUAUCAUGUGAGAGAAAGAAGAGUGUUGAUAUUAGGAGAAAGAAUCAAAGUAAAGAAAUUCUUUAUGUAGUUGAUAGAGUUUUAUAAUUUACAGUGUUCAAAAUAGUCACCUUUAAUACUGUUCCUUUUGCCGUCUCUUGUGAGAAUGAGAAGCACUAAUUUAUCCGUAAUUGACAACAUAAGUCAUACAGACUGGAAUAAGGAGGAGGAUGGACUGGAGGAAAUUAGGAAUGAGGAGAAGAUGCAUAGGGAAGGGAAUGUUAGUGAGUGGACGUGGAAGAAUGAGAUAUGGGUCACGAAAGUUCAGAAGAGAAAAGAGAAUUAGAAGGUGGAUCAGUAACCUCCAUUUUCCAGAUUCUUGCUUUUAAACUACUGGCAAACGUUCAGCAUUCUUUCCUCAGUCUUGUAUGCUCAGAUAUCUACAACUAUAUUACCAUUUCAUUCAUUAACUCUGAAAUGUGGCUUCAACUAAAUAGAUCAUCGUGUACUCUUUCAAACCUUUAUGGUCAGAGGCCAAACUAUUGUGGUUGGUUUGGUAUUUAAAUAUAACUACAUAUUUGUGUAAGCAUUUUAUUCACUAACCAUUACCUUCCAUUUCAUUUAGAAUAUUAGAAAUAGUUGCAAAAAUAUUAUGGCAUUGCUACAUUUAUCAGUUCAGAUCUGGGAAUAACAGUUACUUUAUAACCCAGGGGCUGAUAAAUGACUAUUGAUCUCAUAGCAUCGGGUAGCAGCAGAUCAAGGUAGUGCUAACAGUUUUCCACUUUGAGACAGACAUCAGCUUGUGUCUAUGGCAGCUAAGCAAUUGUGACAGGGAAACAGAUCCACGAAAGAAAUUUUAACUAUAUUGUAUAAUGUAUUCUAAGUAAAAGCAUAGAAAGUAUAUGUGCAUUGAUUAAAUAUCGGUUGCUUUAAAAGAUCUAUUACAAC